UUCAAUAUGAUUCACGUUGGUAUUCUUUGGAAGUCAAAAAAAAUGAAGAUACCCACUAUUCACUCUCUGGCUGUGUCUCACUUACUAAAGUGUGUUGAGCCAUGGAUAUAAAAAUCGAUUGUUCGCCAUUACACUCAUCAAUCAUACACUUGAACAUGGCUUCCAAAGUUUCCAUUUCCGUUCUGGUAGUAUCAUGGGUCCUUUGUGUCUUCAUGCAUUCCACAAAUAUGUUUGCUGUAGCUGUCUCUGUGGCAGCAUCUGAAUCAUCAACGCUACAACUAGAGGCGAAGGCACUGCGGGAGAGUGGGUGGUGGAGUGGUCACUUCAACUAUACCUCCUUAAAUUAUUGCAACUGGGAUGAAAUAGAAUGCAACGCUGGUGGAAGCGUCAUAGGGAUUUCCAUGGGCGGGGUCUAUCUUGGGGAGAAGGUCAGGAAAUUCAACUUCUCUUCCUUCCCAAAUUUAGUCCGUCUUAGUCUUCGGAAUACUGGACUUCGAGGGAGCAUCCCUCGACAGAUAGGUACUCUUUCAAAACUCACCUUCCUAUCUCUUUCCAGUAAUAAUCUUACAGGUCACUUCCAUCUUUUUCUCACGAACCUCACUCAAUUAGAAUAUUUGUUCAUUUACCAAAAUAUAAUUAGUGGGCCCAUUCCCGAAGAAUUGGGAAAUUUAAAAAAUCUUCAAUAUUUAGAUCUGAGUUAUAACAAACUCACAGGAUCAAUUCCUUCAGCUCUGGGCCUUUUAACCAAUCUCAGCUAUUUGUUAUUGGAUUCUAAUAAUAUCACUGGUUCCAUCCCCGACAAGUUGGGAGAUUUAAAAAAUCUUCAAUAUUUAAGUCUGAGUUAUAACAAACUCACUGGAUCAAUCCCUUCAGCUAUGGGCCAUUUAACCAAUCUCAACUAUUUGUAUUUGUCUUCCAAUAAUAUCACUGGUUCCAUCCCCGACAAGUUGGGAUAUUUAAAAAAUCUUCAGGAAUUAGAUCUGGGUUUUAACAAACUCACAGGAUCAAUCCCUUCAACUCUGGGCCUUUUAACCAAUCUUACAUACUUGAACCUCAGCAAUAACAACAUUGUUGGUUCCAUCCCCAUAGAAUUAGCUAACUGCUCUUCACUAGCCAACUUGUCUUUAAGUCACAAUUACUUAAAUAGAAGCAUUCCCUCUCAAUUCAGUGACCUUAUUUCUUUACGUUUUAUUGACCUCAGCUACAAUAAUCUCACAGGCAACAUUCCCCCUUAUCUUGUUAACUUGGAAUUUAACCUGUCAUACAAUUCUUUGGAGGGUCAAAUCCCAAAAAAUCUCCAAAAUCAUAGUUUCGAUGCAUUUAUCGGCAAUAAGGAUUUAUGUGGUGACUUCAAAGGUUUCUCUCCUUGCCUUUCAUCUUCCCAAAUCAUGAGCAAAAUAAAAAUGUCACUUCCCCUCACAAUUUUCAUUGUGCUUUUACUUCUUUGGUGUUUUUUCUACUCUCGAUGUUGGGUUAUAGGGAAAACACAAUCCAAUCCAAGUAGAACAAAAAAUGGGGACUUGUUCUCAAUAUGGAAUUUUGAUGGAAAAAUUGCAUACGAAGAUAUCAUUGAAGCAACAAAUGACUUUGACAUUAGAUAUUGCAUUGGAACAGGUGGUUAUGGAAGUGUCUACAAAGCACAAUUGCCUAGCGGUAAAGUUGUUGUCCUAAAAAAACUUCAUCGCUUAGAGGCUGAGGACCCAAGUUUUGACAAGAGUUUCAAGAAUGAGGUACAAAUGCUAACGGAAAUUCGGCAUCGAAACAUUGUGAAACUUCAUGGCUAUUGCUUGCAUAAACAAUGCAUGUUUUUGGUUUAUCAAUACAUGGAAAGGGGAAGCUUGUUUUGUAUCCUAAGUGACGAUGUUGAAGCAUUGGAAUUAGAUUGGCCUAAGAGGAUGAACAUUAUCAAAAGCAUAGCACAUGCCUUAUCUUACAUGCAUCAUGAAUGCAACCCAGUAAUUAUUCAUCGUGAUAUAUCAAGCAACAAUAUUUUAUUGAACUCUAAGCUAGAGGCUUUUGUCUCCGACUUUGGCACAGCUAGACUUCUUGAUCCUGAUUCCUCCAACCAAACUUUAGUUGUUGCGACCUAUGGUUAUAUUGCCCCUGAACUGGCGUAUACCAUGGUGGUGACUGAAAAAUGUGAUGUUUACAGCUUUGGAAUGGUGGCACUAGAAAUAUUAAUGGGAAACCACCCAGGAGAACUCUUGAGUUCAUUAUCAACAUUAUCUUCUCAAAAUUUGAUGUUAAACGAAAUAUUAGAUCAACGUUUGCCACCACCAAAUCGUUCAAUUGCACAAGAUAUUUUCUUUGCUGCUUCUGUAGCCUUUGCAUGCUUACGCACCAAACCAAAGUCCCGACCUACGAUGAAAUGGGUGUCCCAAGAAUGUCUUUCAGGUAAGAAACCAUUAGCCAUCCCCUUGCAUGCAAUUUCGCUAUGGCAGUUAAGGAAUCAAGAAACUUAUAUGAUGGGAGAGAGUGAAACUCAAUCACGUAGUGCAUGUUGUUAGGUUGUGUACCAUAUGGUUUGAUGAACUUAUGAGAAAAGAAUUUGUUGUGUAUGAAUGAUUUCCUUUUUCUUUUUCUUUUUUCUUUUU